AUGCGGAGUGUGAUUCAACAACGGGGCUUUUGUAAAAGCCAAAUCACACGGGCGCAUAAUAAUGCCCUAAAAUUUGUGGAUGACAUUCAAUCAGUGGACACAAUUGUGGUGCGCCUGUCGCAAAUUCAAGACAAUUAUUUGCGGUUUGUGCGACAUUCGGAAGAGCUGUACGCCUUCCAAUCGGAGUCGGAUUGGGAGAAUCCGGACGACGAUUUUGAUGCCUAUGAGGAAAAACAUUACGCUACACACGCCAUUCUCAGCAACACUCUGGAGGAGUUACGGCGUGAUCAGGCGUCUAACAAUAUUUUGGCCACUGUGCAACCAGCAGAUGCGCCCCAGAGGAGCCAUGUGGAUUUCCAGUUCGAGCGAAUCAAACUCCCAACCUUUGCCGGGAAUUAUGAGGACUGGAAACAUUUUUCGGAUAUGUUUACGGACUCGAUUGCUUCCAAUUCGAGCCUGACGGAUUGUCAACGAUUUCAUUAUCUCAAAUCGUAUCUAUCCGGAGACGCCCUCAAUUUAGUCAAGCAUAUUCCUGUGACUAAUGAGAACUAUCGGGAAGCAUGGGAUCGGCUUGAGCAGCGAUAUAACAAACAAUCGCUAAUUAUCCGAUCAUUCCUCAACAGUUUCAUGACCCUUCCCAGUGCUACGUCUACUAAUCUCAGCACAGUGCGGAAACUGGCCGAUGGCGCAGACGAAGUUAUUCGUGGUUUGCGAGCCCUUGACUGCGAAGAGAGGGAUCCUUGGCUAAUCUUCAUCCUAUUGUCAAAAUUGGAUACCGAUACUUGCCAAGCUUGGGCGCAGUGCGCAGACUCCGAGGGAAAAGGUGUGACCAUCAACCAAUUCCUUAAAUUUCUCACCUCUCGCUGCGAUACUUUGGAGGCUUUUCACUUACAAACUCAUCAACUGUUCAAGUGUCCUCAGUUCAACGGACUCGACAUCGCAGCUCGCCGGGAGUUUCUCAAGACGAAAAAGCUAUGUUUCAAUUGCCUCAGCCCAAGUCACAUGGCGGGUAACUGUACAUCGAGACAUACUUGUCGGAUUUGUCGCCGCAAGCAUCACACCCUGGUUCACCCUGGCUCGGCGCAGCCAACUCAAAAUGGUAACUACUUGGAGAGAGCCCGUACGGACAGCCGCGAUCAUCCAUCAACUUCACAAGCGGCAUCUACGAUCGGCCAGAAUCAACCGCCUGGUCAAGAGAUUCAUCAAUCAGGGAGUUUACCUCCCGCGGAAAAUAACUUCACGCAUCAUACGCUGGAGAAUAUUUCAGCUGCAGGUUCGCAGACUCUGUUGCCAACCAUCCUUGCAGACGUCGUCGACGCCUGGGGAAAUACUACAACCUGCAGGCUGCUCUUGGACACUGGGUCCACAAUCACCUUGGCGUCGGAAUCAUUUGUUCAGCGAAUAGGCGUACGUCGAACGCACGCCCGGAUUUCUAUACUCGGUCUCGCAGCCAACAGCGCUGGCGUUACCCGAGGACGCGCACAUAUCAAGCUGCGCUCUCGUCAUUCAGACCAAACUGUCGAACUGGUCUCGUUUAUUCUCAAUUCGCUGACAUCAUCACUCCCGGCCCAGGCUAUUGAUACCUCAUCUUCUACGUGGAAGCAACUCUGCGAGCUUCCUUUGGCAGAUCCCACAUUCUGCACGCCAGGAUCCAUCGAUGUCAUCGUUGGAUCAGAUCAACUUUGGUCUCUCUAUACUGGAGAACAGAAAUGCUUUGGUAACGACUCUCCUAUCGCUCUGAAUACUGUUUUUGGUUGGAUUAUUGCAGGCUCUUACAAUGCAUGCGAUGAUCACCUGACUUCAGCCGUUACUCAUCACGCGGACCUCGACACGAUGGUUCGCUCUUUCAUGGAGAUGGAUAAUAUACAUCCUAGCCAGGCUCUUUUGGACGCCAACGAUCCAACAGAGCGUCAUUUUGCUGCCACCCACACGCGCUUGGAGAACGGGGCUUACGUCGUCGAGUACCCCUUCAAAGAGCAUGCGCCGCCUGUUGAUUCAACUUUACCGCAGGCCAUCAAUCGCUUCCACUCGCUGGAACGCAAGUUUCGUCGAUCUCCAGACUUGAAGCAGCAGUACGAAGCAUUUCUGGACGACUACUUGCGACGUGGUCAUAUGGAACAGCUGACAUCGGCUCAAAUGGAUGAGUCCCCAGAAACCUGCUUCUAUCUGCCGCACCACGCUGUCAUCAAACUGGACAGUUUGACUACGAAGUGUCGCGUAGUUUUCGAUGGAUCGGGAAAAGACAGCUCUGGAGUGUCUCUCAAUGAUCGACUUCAAAUUGGCCCGCCCAUUCAACGCGAUCUUCUCGGCGUUUGUUUACGUUUCCGGCAGCACCCAUAUGUUUUCUGCGCGGAUAUCGAGAAGAUGUUCCGAGGAAUUCAAGUCUUCAAGCCGCACACCAAUUAUCAGCGCAUUGUUUGGCGCAAGAACGAGAAUGAACCACUGCUUCAUUUUCGCCUGUUGACGGUCACCUACGGAUUGGCGCCGUCACCAUUUCUGGCUGUUCGAGUUCUUAAGCAACUAGCUGAGGAUCACCGCCACGAGUUCCCCCGCAGCAGCCCACGCGCUUCUACACGACGCUUAUGUAGAUGA